AUGAUAACAUCCUGGUAUUUAGUAGGUGACAAUAUACAAAAAAAAAACAGAGUACACUACACUACGCUACAGACCAAACCAAGUCUCAACCUGCAAGUCCCCACCAACGUCACCGCCGUCACCACCGACAUUACCACCGCCCCAGGGUCCCACGCGCCCGUCACGCGGGCCGACAUCAUCACGCGGGCCGACAACAUCACGCCGCAGCCGCCAACACCACUGUGCCAUCAUCUACCCACAGGAACAGGGACACUUGUACUCGCUCUCCCAAGCCAACCCACCAACCACCAACCAGCGAACCAGCGAACCAGCCAAUCAACUACCCUGCCCACCCCGCAGAUCCAAUCCCCUCAAACCCUGCACUUCCAGACCCCGACUCGCAAACGCACCAUCAGCAAUGCAAGCACCAUCCAGAUGCCAGCCGCACAUCCCCUAAGCAGUGUACACAAACCAUGUACUGUAAAGGUAGUAUCUAGUACUAACUAG